GUAUUAUCUAUGGUUUUUGAUACAAAAUACUAGUCUGUUUCGUCGUUGUGUUUUGCUCAGUUAUGCUCUGUGGUGUGCAUUGUAUUGUCGGUAUACCUCGAACGCUACUUCAAUAAUAUUUAAAAAAACUGAUAACUGUUGAGUGAAAUUUAUAUAAAUUUGCUAGAAAUAGUGUAUCAAAUGGGUGCUAAUAUACUUAUAAGAAGAAGCCAUACAAAUUUAUAACUCAAUAGUUAUGAUUUCUUUGUAGUGAUGAGCGAGCCGCGAUCGAAAUGGAUCUCAAGAACAGGAAGCUGCUGCAGCACAAUCAGCAGGCUAUCAUCAAAGAUCUAGAUGUUCAGUACAUUCUAGACGAACUUUACACGAAACAAGCUAUAUCUUCAGAGGUGUACGAACAUAUCGCUAAUCUGGUCAUAGUUAAAAAUCGAGUCGAAGGCGUCAGGUAUUUGAUAGAUUGCCUCCUAAGGUAUGGCACGAAUCAGGCCUACGAAGCAUUCGUUGAUAGCCUUGCCAAAGAUUACAACUGGCUCUGGGAGAAGUUUGCUACACAAUCCAACGGGCCAAUGUUUAACGACAGCUUCGAGGACAGCCUUAGCAAAGGCGACGUGCCAAGGCUUCCCGAACACCAUGUCAGGAGAAAGGCUGUGGAAACUGAAGUCCUAUCCAAGAUUAAAGAGUUGACCCGUCACAAGAUACUGGUGCUUCACGGUAUGCUUGGCAGCGGAAAGACCUGCGUCGCCAUCAACGUACUCCGGGACAACCCCGAACUCAUAACGAACAAUUUCAAUGAUAUUGUCUUUUGGAUGAACUUUGCGAAUUGCAAGACCGAUGACGACAUCAUCGCUCAACAGAAUACGUUACUACGUAAAAUAUCAUCGAUGUACAUUCAAAAUUCUCACAUGAACUCUUCGAUAUCAAUGUCGAGUAUGGGCUCGAAUAUCGACAGCCAUUCGCUCUCCUACUACGAUCGCACGUGGAACGACUUCAGAGACAGACUGAAGAACCUAUUCUCGGAGCCCCCGCUGAAGGAAGGUUUGCUCGUAAUGGACGAAGUCAACGAUCGGAAAUGCGUCGAAGCGUUCGAUAUCGGUUGCAAGAUACUGAUCACGACCAGAGAUACGGACGUUGUGGCUAAUUAUCACCCGCAAAUCGUUACGGUGGAGAACAGUUUCACAGAGAGGGAGUCCCUAGAACUGUUUGCUUCUUGCUUAGACGAACCUGUAUCGAAACUUCCAUCGUAUGCGAAAGAGCUCAACGAAUUAUGCAAAGGAAGCCCCUUCCACGUGGCCCUGAUCGGUGCCCAGCUCGCAGAAGACAGGGAGAGACUGAAACACGAUCGAAGUCAUUGGAAAUAUUACUUGAAGAAAUUAAAAAAGAAUUUCUUUUCUGUGUGGAAAACGAACAACGAUAACCCGAUGAAAACUAUACAAGUGUGUAUAAACUCGUUGAACCCCAACACGCUUGCGAUGUUCAUGAAACUGGCAGUGCUUCCGGACAGCGUCAAAGUCACCGCUCAAGUCUACAGCAAACUGUGGAACGUAGACGUCAACGAAGUCGAAAACAUAACGAAGAAACUCAAGAGCAAGUCUCUGAUCAUAAAGAACUACGAUAGAGAUCAAAAAAAGUAUUUAUACGAAGUGCACGAUCUCAUAAUGAACUAUCUAAGGUCUUGUACGCACGAAGAGGAAAUGAAGAAGCUACACGACGAACUGUUGAACAGUUACAGAUAUGAUAGCGAAACUGCACCAACGGAGAUAGUCGAUGACGGAUACAUAGCCUUCUACAUAGGAUUUCACAUUUUGAAAACGAAAAAUUUGCACCAGAAAUGGAGUUUGUUCAGUAAGCUGUAUUUAGAUUUGAGGUUUCUAGGGAAUAAAGUCAGACUGACCGGACCGGACGAUGUCAUGCUGGAUCUGCAGAAAUACGAAAAUUAUAUUGUGAGAGAUGAAAUCGACAGAAACUUAGUGUACAGUAUAAAAGCGUUUCUAAGCACGCACGGCACAGACCUGCACCACUACCCCUGCACGAACAUUGUGCAAAGUAUAAUACAACACGAAACGAAAGGAAUAUUGUGUUGUAAGGCUUCGUUAAUAGCACGGGAUAACUGCGUAAACAACGAAUUGUAUUUUGAGUUUAUGCACGAACAUGAUGUAGAAGAAAUUAAACAUUCAACUAUCGACGUUAAGGAAGUUAUCAAAUCUGUUUGCUUCUUGAGAAAUUAUGUAAUUGUUGGGACGUCCAAUGGCUUGAUAAAGUUCUUCAACAUAGAAACUAAUAAGCAGAAGAAGGAACUAAAGGGCACCGGUGCCGCCAUUAAAUGGAUAGGCGUCGCGUGCACUAAAGACACGACUAUUGUAGCCGCUCUGUCGACGGACGGAUAUCUCAAACUUUGGUUCGUCGAUGACUUCGAUGAUGACGACAACGCUAAUAAUCUCGUCGAAGAAGAACCGAACGAUGCCUACAACAACUAUCCCAGUCCGUUAACAUUUGAACCCAAACUGGGACCGAUACUAAACUGUCGUUGGACGACCAGCGAAGACUUGUUAAUAACUCACACGUCACAAAUGAUUAUACUGUACCGUCCCAAAGGCGCCGAGUAUGACGUCAUAAGUGAGUUCGACAGGGAACAGAAGCUGCUAUGCUGCGUCCCCUGUAACAACGACAAAUACAUUGCUGUAGCUAGUUUCAACGCCGUAUACAGAGUGGACUUGAUCGACAUUAGAACUAAGCAGAAAGUUGUUUAUUUCGAAGAAACAGGUGCCAUAUUGGAUAUGCUUGUUGUUCCUGGUACCAAUAAAAUAAUAACGCUGAAACAAAACGAGAUAAUGGCACACGAGUUCCGGGUAAAGCCUGCUUCGAUAAACAGAGGCGGGACGGUUAUCGAUAGCGGUGCGGUCAAAGCGGAUGUCCGGUUCGCGGCGAUGGCCGUCAACAACUCGGGCUCGCUGCUGUUCGCGGCCACGGACGAUAGCCGGGUCGUUUGUGUCGACUUGAAAACUAACUCAAGAGUUUUCGAUAUCGAGAACAGAAGGGGCAAUGUGGUGUCAAUGGCGGUGAGCGAAGUGCUGAUGUGGGAUGAAUUCGAACCGAGCUCCGACGUACUUCUAACCGGUACUGAUAGUACCGAAAAUUCUGCCAAAGUUUGGUAUUUAGACGCUUCAUACGUGUCGCAGACUGCACAAAGAAAAGGAAAAGUUCGUCUAACAAGUAAAUUCGACGUGAGUUUCCUAAACGCGACAACGCCAACAUCUCCGAGCGCCUCGCCUCUGAACAGCGGCGUGGAAACAGUUCACAACCCUCUAAAAUCACACCAGUCGUUCACGAACAAGGACCCAGUAAAGAAACCGAUUAAAACUACCAUGAGCUUGGACAGGAAUACAUUGAAACCGCUCAAUCUCAAAGGAAUAUGCAACAACAAUGAAGGGCUCAUACACCCAUUACUGGCUGUCGUCGAUGAUAUGAACAAUAUACAGGUGAUGCGUGGUAAGAAAGUCCUAACCGAGAUCUUAGAGAAAUCUGAUGAGAAGAUAACAGCCGUCAAGGUAUCGCCGUGCAAUCACUACAUCAUGUACGGGCUCAAGUCGGGAAAAGUCAAGAGAUACACAUUGAGAACCAAGGAGAUGACAACUAUAAUGCACGUUAACAGUCCGGUGCAAUACCUGAACUACAUCAACAACAGGUUGAUGCUGGUCGCGUGGAAGAACCGAUGUCUAAUGUCGUAUAAACUGGGCCACGAGGAGACCUGGAAGACUGAAAUGCUACAGGCCGGUAACACGCACCUCGGCUCGCAAGAAUCGCAGCUAGGAAGCGAUUGGCAGAGUAUGAAAAUAAGGAACGGCCACUCCGACUUGUCGACGUCGAGCAGCGAGGCCAGCGUGAGCUCCCGCGAGAACCGACUGUUCCACGGCGGGGAGAUGAAGGAGCUGUACAAACAGAGCGACCUCGUCGACUGCUUCUGGGUCGCGGACACCGGCCUCAUCACGGUCGAGUCGAACGCGGCCAUCAAACUGUGGAACAAAGACUGCAAAGUCUCAACCAUAUUGAACGCGAGGCAAAUGGAUACUUACAUCACGUGCGCCGCUUUCCAGAACAACGUUCUCGUUAUAUGCGAUAGUGAAAACAAAGGAUUUCAGUCGUACGAACUAAAAUUCGACAACACAAUAGAUUUGUGCCUCAUCCAAGAGUACAAACUGAACAAUGUGGUGACGUCAUGCGAUAUCACAUCCGACGGCUACAUACUAGCGAUGGGACUAGACUGUGGUAAUGUUGUGCUUUGGAACGUAAAAGGGAAGCGUCAAAUCAGUUUACUCAAACACCACAACUCGAGAGUGCAGGCGUGCUCGUUCUCGCCGGUACCGGACCGACUGUACCGGAGCUCCGUGCACUCGCCCGGUGUGACGUCACCGGCGGACGCCGUCGCCGACGACCAGCCUCCACUGGUCCUGGUCACGAUGGCUUCAGAGAUAGUCUGGUGGAACAUCACGUACGUCAUACGGAUACGAGCGAGUAAUAAGUCAUUGUGGAGGAGCGGACUCAAUGUUAUAUCGCCAAUUGGAACGCCAUUAGAGAAUCGAGCUGAGAAUCACCAGACGACAGAAAAUUCGGGCAACGUUAAUACCAAUUUCUUCUUCAGAGAUAUGUUCGCAGAUAGACAUUGUUGGAAGAACAUUUGGAAAGGAAAAACAUGUAAAGAAGGGUCGAAACGCAAAGAAAUAUUGGCGUGUAUAAAACUAUCGGGUAUAAACGCGACGAGGUUGUGCCACGACGAGAAUUUCUCGUGCUUCGUGACCGUGGACAAUCCGGGCCACGUCCACAUCAUGAACGUUAUGAGGGAUCUUUGUACGUAGCACAAUGUUAAGCGCGUUCGUUUAACUAGCACAACGAAAUUCAUAAAGACUCUUUAGAACAUUCGAAUUUCGAAUUUUGUUAUGCUUUCUUACACUUUAACAAAACCUUUCCCAGAGAUUUGUAAUUUAAGUCUACUUGUGUGCUCGUGAUAGGUCUAUGAGAAUUGUAAAAAGAUUUGAAUGCUCAUUUUAUCCUUAACUCCGUUUUCAAGUCUUCAAUUAUUCUACUCAGUAACAUAAACUGUUAUAGAUUGAUCAUGAAGGAAAUAUAUAUACGUACAUAUUAUUUCAAUAGCUAUACAUAAUUCACACACACUGCCAAAUGCAUUUACUAUUUCUGUAAAAAAAUAACAAAGAUAUUGAAAUAUUAUUGUAAGUAUGUAGCCUUCCUUCAGCCUAAGUAGGUGUCAUUCAAGAAAUUAGAUUUAAAAAAAAAUAUUCAGCCAACAUUAUUACAGUAAAUAGUUUUGUGUGUGGUAACAGUGUUGCCAUUUGUUUUAGAAAAUAUUAUAUUUAUAUUAUACUUGUUCACAAAUUGGGCACAAAGCUUAGAUAUGUUUCAAAACAAUUUAUAGUAAUAGACUAGUACCAAGUAAUAGUAAAAUAAUAUGUUAUUUCACAUACAGAAAAAUAUUCAAAUAAUUACAAGUAAUAUUUUUUUGGAAAUGGAAAAUAGUUAAGCAGAGACUCAGCUAUGACUCUCGCAUUGCUGUUGACCAUGAGCAUCUAUAACCAAGAGGAGCCGCAAGCUCUGUCUUUGAAGAUAAUAGUUUUUUUUUUUAAACCGCAAUUUAAAUUAUUUCUAAAUCUCUAGCAUUUCAGUGAAUACUUUUAAUUGACCACCGAACAAUAAUUUAUAUGUAAUAAGAUCAAUUAGUAUAUAAAUACGUAAAUAAGUUUAAGAUUUUAGUAAAAUUUAAGAAUAUGAAAUAUAUUUUAAAAUAUGUUAUUUUAUGGCUGAUAAAUGAAAAUACAUGAUGAAAUUAAAAUUGAAAAUACAAUACUUUACAACGAUUUUAUGAUAGUAUAAACAUUAAUGUUUUUCAAUCUAUGACUUAGGAUAAAUGCAACGAAAUUUAAAUUUUGCUUAUGAUUUCUAAAAUUAUGAUUUUGAAAUAUCAAGACGAAGUAUAGGUACACAUUUUUUUUAAAUCACGAUCAUAUUCAAUGUUGAUAUCGUUAGGUAUUUUUUGAUAUGUAAAUGUUAAUCCCACCAGUGUUUCUAUGUAUGUAUUUCAAUGAAAUAAAUGUCAUAAAAACGAGAAACGCGGAUGUUCGUAAAUAAACAAACUUUUAAAAUUCGUAAAAGCUCUCGAAUAUAAACAAAACAAUAUUAAUUAUCAUAGCUAAGCCUGUUUUCAUGUAGCAGAAACGUACAGUUACUCUUGUUUAACAUCAAACAAUUAUAGUCUGUGAAAUAUAGCUUGAUACGUAUGACAGUUGACUAGAGUGAGAUUUCUAUGGUUAGAUUUUGUUGGAAAAAUCGAUAGCCUACCAAAAAUCGUUUAUAACCAAGUGAAUAUUAAAAUGCUUAAGCAAAAUAAUGUUAACUUAACCUAAAAAUGGCGCGAGAUUGCUGAAUAAACUGAAAAUUGAAAUUAAAAUCAGGGAUGUCGACACUACGUGGUCAAGAAUUUGUUUUUGUGUUAAAAUGGUCGCCUUACGUACUAGCGUACAUGAUGACUUUGUCUAACGAGAAAUUAAUCAGCCGCGUAUUUUAAUGAGUAGCAGACACAGGAGUGAAUCUUAGCUGAAGAAGAAUGACACGUGUGCAAUUCAUACGCGGCAAACGUGAAACUUUCAAAAUUUUUCUGUCUCAUUCUCUCACACGCUACUUCAGAUGUAAUGUUUGCCUCUUUUUUCUCAUCGCUGUUUGUCGCAUCUAGUAUCAAAUCUAGUUGGUGCUAAAGAAGUGUUCACUUAAAAAUCUUCGGUUUUUUAUAACAAUCGGAACAUUCAGAUUGUACCUAGCAAAGGUUUUCUCACUUAAAAUUCAAAAAGGUGGUGCUAUGCAUGUUUCAUAUUUUAGUGAUUGGCUCAAAUUGCUGCUUAGAACUAGGACGUCCCUUUGUCACAAAAAACAUGUAACUAUACAGUAAAUAUCGUCAAAUUAACAAUCUUUGACGAUAACGAUAUCUGUCCUUUUCAUAGUCUAAUCAGACUAUGACGGACGACGAAUCCGUCGCCCUGCCGUCGUCGACAUAUUUAUGGUCAAAGAUUAAAAACGUAAAUUGCCUUGGACAAAGAAAUUCCAACAAUUGCUCAACACAAUAAAAGGAGUUAUGUUUUUCGUUUUUCGUCUAAUCUACACUACUGACUUAAUCUCCAUACGAAAGCUUUUGAAUUAUCACAAGUGCGAUAAAAUAAUUUCUUCCGCGUUGAAUAUGUUGCUAAAAAGUUAAUUAUGCCCAUUUAUAAACUGUGUUUCCCAUUUUUUUCUUAUUUUAAGAAAAUAUUGAACAUUAUUAUAUAAGCAAAUAAUUAGUUAAUACAUAAAUUAGUAAUGUGGGUGAGGUAGUAUUAAAAGAAAUCCUAGUAAAAACUUUUGGGUGCCAUUCUUUGGUUCAUAAAUAUUAAAUAAAAUGUAAAUAUGUUUAAAUAUCGAAAUGUGAUGGAAACCAUGUUAUGUCAUGGACGAUCUCUUAAUGAAUAAUUUUAUCGUAGAGUUUAUAGUGUUUUUGAUGGUGCUAUAACAUAAGUACAGAAUAGAUCAAUGCAUUCUUAUAAAUACGUGAAAGUUGAACAAAAUAGUUUUUACGUAAAAAAUUGUAACAUUUUGGUACGAACGCUUUUAUAUCUAUAAAAUACCUAACGCCAUUUUAUUUUGCGUGCACGUGAAAUGGAACGCGUCACAGCAAAAAAAAACUAGGUAUAUACUGACCUAUGUAAUUUGAAAUAUUUGGAUAUCUUAUAGCCCUGGUAGCUAUGAGUCUCACUUAGAAACCUUAAACUACAAAUAAAAAUCAAUUUUCUCACAUUCAAAAAAAAUAUAUAUCGCUAUCUAUAUGUUUAAUACUUAUUUGUUUUAUAAAUUUUGUUAGAGAAUCAAAAUUGUAUGAUAACCAUUGUUCGAAUAUCGAUUAAUCGAACGAUAUAUCUCUAAACUAGCAAAUACAUUAGAGAUAUUUCAUUCACACACAAUUUAUACGAGCUUCGACUUUGGUUUAAUAUGAAAUAUGAGUCCCUUAAAGAUAUUAUGAUCCCGAAAUAAAACGUACUCUUUGUAUGCGUUCCAAUUUCGUAGUUUUUUUUCAAGGAUGGUUAUAAUUUGGGCUCUACAAUAAUAUAAACAUCAAGCAUAUCGUAAACUGUCAAUUUCUUUUCAGUUCCAGUCCCAUGAUAAUAUAUGGUUAGAUUAUAUUCAUCAUGCUCAAUUUAGCAUUUUGUUUUGUUUCUAAAAAUAAAAGAAUAAUAACUGCAUAAGUGUUUCGUGAUGUUGCUUUGGACUGAUUUUUUAAACUUGUUGAAUUAUGUAAUAAAAAUAAAAAUAGUUAAAAUGCACUUGAUUAUUAUUGAUAUGAUUCGAUACGAUUGUUUUAAUUCGUUUUUAUAUGUAAUAACUAUGUUCUAUUGUUAGAUAUUUUACAAAUAAAUACAAUAUUUUAUUAAGGUUUUGAUCGUAAAUAAAUAUACAUUUUUUGUAAGAA